AUGGCUCGCCUUGAUAGAUACCUUGAUAGACACUGUCUGGCAUCUAUUUACGUCCUAAUCUUGUUCUUCGCCGCUUUCGUUCUCUCAGAGCCUGUUCAGUAUUGUCGAUUCGGCCACAGGGAAGAUGGACCAUCUGAAGUUGACUUUUGCAUGGGCAUUACGAUGCACUACAACGUAUCUUCGCACCAUCACGAUAUGUACCUAACGAUGGAAAUCCCUCGAGAGUCCGCUCUUGGAUGGACUGCCAUAGGUACCGGAUCAUCCAUGAAAGGAUCGCUGAUGAUGAUAGUCUACGGGAACCCUUCCGACCAGCAUGACCCCAUUGUUAGUAUCCGCACUGUCGACGGCCACUCGCAGCCCAAGUUGGUCUCCCAGGACCAGAUGGGCGGAACGGAUCUUCGAGUUCUUCAAGCGUCGUGGGUGCAAGGUACUCGUGGAAUGACGGUUGCGAAAAUAGCCGUUGUGUGUCUAUCAUGCGAAAAGUGGCCGGGUGCUCCGAUCUCCGCGCAAGCACCAUCCCAGCCGUGGAUAUGGGCGUGGAACGAUAACCAAGAUUUCAAAGUAUUCUCCUACGAUGCCCAUCUACGUAUGCAUAAGCACCAUGCUAAAGACGGCGGUUGGGGUGUUUUCUAUGUGGAUAUGGCUCGAUCGGUUAGCACUGUCGAAUCGGCUCCGUCGUUGCCCCCGAUCAGAACUGGGAUUUCAAGAUUGGGGACAUCUGACAGCCCUAUAAGUGCUGGUGGUUUGGUAUCGUCGAUAAGAGAGAACGUGAUGCAAUCCAUACACGGCUUUGUGAUGUUCAUUGCAUUUUUCAUCUUGUUCCCACUUGGUACAAUCGCAAUGCGAUCCGGGUCCUCGAACUCAUUCAAAUAUCACUGGUCCAUUCAAUUGGUAGCCGCCCUGUUUGCUUGGUUCGGUGCUUAUUAUUGGCCUUUUGAUGGACCAUCACAUAAACACCCUCCACCAUUGGUUUGUCCUUGGCUGGACCAACAUUAUUACCGGCAUGUUGCUGUCCGGAACCAGCACUACUUGGACCGCUUCUAUGGCAGGACUGAUUGCCCCGAUGAGGCUGCUUCCCAAUCGUUGUGGCCUGAUCCGAAGCAAGGAGAAUAUUUUGCCCUAGGAACAAUAGAUGAAGAUGACGGCACGGAUUCGGAGGGGGAGAGGGAGAAUAAGAAGAAUAGCCGUGCUCCCUACGACCCAGUGCGUGAGAGUUCUGGGCAAUGA